AUGUCACGCGGUAUCCCCCGUGAUUUACGCAGCGCCUUGCGGUCAUUUCAGGCUGCGGUCCUACCCGUUACCGCCACGCCACUCAGUGGCUUUGAUUGCGUUCCGUGCCUUGCCUACCUUGCGCUACGACACCACAUCGAAUCCAAUGUGCCGAUAUGCAAGAAGCGCCUUCGAGGACAACGUUACAGUGAUGGUGCGAUAAAGGAUAAAAAUCGUUUGAGGCUCACGAACGUGUACCUGGCCUAUACAAUGACUUGCUCUUACCGACUGCGCUACUCCCGCUCCGAGUGGUUCAUUCCCGGUCCGUGUUAUGAACGUAAAACUAUAUCGACUUCUAGAUUUACGUAG